CACAUUUUCCCCCCUUGAGGCUAGAAUGGCAGGCCUAAAAUGAGUAGGAGAAUUCUGAGAAAUGGAAACUUUAAAAAGGCGGCAACCUUCUAGUUUCAUUCUCAGAAAUACCAAAGCAGCAUUUUUCCUGGACUUGUUCUGCAGAGCGCUCAGAUUUGAAAGCCAUUUCUAGCCUUUGAGGAUUACCACUGUCCUCAGCCAAACUGCAGGGACUCCUAAGUAGAUCAGAGCUCCUGGAACUUUCUCAUCUUUUCAGCAUCUCAACCCUGUGGAAUCUUUUAACUCCCAAGUGCUACCAGGAUAUUUGCGAUGUACUCUGGAAUCCCUCUGGAAGGAGCUGUCCUCACAGAAUGAAGGAUUAGAGGAGUUAAUAAAUAAGCAAACCCAACCUUUCUCCUGGGGAACUGUGGUCCUCUCUAGAAGCUAGGCUGUGGACCUGAAUUUGCAGGAGAAGCCAGGAGUCAUCUGCGAUGCUCUGCUGAUAGCAUAGAACAGCCCUGGCAGGGCCAGGACUACUGCACUCGCACUGCCCUUACUUUGAAGCAGAAGCUGGUGAACAUGGGGGGCUACACUGGGAAGGUGUGUGUCAGGGCCAAGGUCCUCUGCCUGAGUCCUGAGAGCAGCGCAGAGGCCUUGGAGGCUGCAGUGUCUCCGACGGAUUACCCCGCGUCCUAUAGUUUUGCAGGCACCCAGCACAUUGGAAGCCCUGCUGCAGUCCCUCGUGAUUGUCUUGCUCGGCUUCAGGUCUCUCUUGAGUGACCUGCUCAGCUAUGAGGUUUUAAAUCUGCUCACAGCCCAGCAGUAUGAGAUAUUCUCCAGAAGCUUCCACAAGAACAGAGAAUUGUUUGUCCAUGGCUUACCUGGCUUAGGAAAGACCAUCAUGGCCAUGAAGAUCAUGGAGAGGAUCAGGAAUGUGUUUCACUGUGAGGCACACAGAAUUCUCUACAUUUGUGAAAGUCAGUUUCUGAGGAAUUUCAUCAGAAAAGAAUUUCUGCGUGGAAAUGGCUUAGCUGCUGGGAAAAUGAACAUCAGUAUUGAUUUAGACACAAACUAUGCUGAGCUGGUUCUAAAUGUGGGAAGAGUCACUCUUGGAGAGAACAAUAGAAAAAAAAUGAAGGAUUGUCAACUGAGAAAACAGCAGAAUGAAAAUGUCUCACGAGCUGUGUGUGCUCUGCUGAAUUCUGGAGGGGGAUUUAUCAAGGCUGAAGUUGAGAAUAAAGGCUAUAGUUAUAAAAAAGAUGGAAUAGGGCUAGAUUUGGAAAAUUCUUUUAGUAACAUGCUGCCAUUUGUCCCUAAUUUCCUGGACUUCAUGCAGAAUGGUAACUACUUUCACAUUUUUGUGAAAUCAUGGAGCUUGGAAACCUCUGGUCCGCAGACUGCCACGUUGAGCUCCAGUUUGUACAAGAGAGAUGUAACGUCUGCAAAAGUCAUGAAUGCUUCUGCUGCACUGGGGUUCCUCAAAGACAUGGAAAAAACUGGAGGGAGAGCAUAUUUAAGACCAGAAUUCCCUGCAAAAAGGGCCUGUGUUGAUGUACAAGAAGAAAGUAACAUGGAAGCCUUGGCUGCUGAUUUUUUUAACAGAACAGAACUUGGUUAUAAAGAAAAAUUGACCUUUACUGAAUCCACACACGUUGAAAUAAAAAACUUCUCGACUGAAAAGUUGUUACAACGAAUUACAGAGAUUCUCCCUCAAUAUGUUUCUGCAUUUGCAAAUACUGAUGGAGGAUAUUUAUUCGUUGGUAUAAAUGAAGAUAAAGAAAUAAUUGGCUUUAAAGCAGAGAAGAGUUAUCUUACUAAGUUAGAAGAAGUAACAAAAAAUUCCAUUGGGAAACUGCCUGUGCAUCACUUCUGUGUGGAGAAGGGGACGAUAAAUUACUUAUGCAAAUUCCUUGGAGUAUAUGAUAAAGGAAGGCUUUGUGGAUAUGUGUAUGCACUCAGAGUGGAACGCUUCUGCUGUGCAGUGUUUGCUAAAAAGCCUGAUUCCUGGCACGUGAAAGAUAACAGAGUUAAGCAGUUGACCGAGAAGGAAUGGAUCCAGUUCAUGGUGGAUUCAGAACCAGUAUGGGAAGAACUGCCCUCUCCAGCAAGUACAUCAUCACUUGUCUCCCUUGUCUCUCAGAGUUGUCGCCUUCGUGAAUAUAUUAACUUCAAAAUUCAGCCACUGAGAUAUCACCUUCCAGGACUAUCAGAAAAGAUAACUUGUGCUCCAAAAACCUUCUGCAGAAAUCUGUUCUCACAACAUGAAGGACUUAAGCAAUUAAUAUGUGAAGAAAUGGGCUCUGUCAGUAAGGGCUCACUGAUCUUCUCUAGGAGCUGGUCUUUGGAUCUGGGCUUGCAAGAGAACCACAAAGUCCUCUGUGAUGCUCUUCUGAUUUCCCAGGACAAGCCUCCAGUCCUAUACACCUUCCACAUGGUACAGGAUGAGGAGUUUAAAGACUAUUCUACACAAACUGCCCAAACUUUAAAACAGAAGCUGGCAAAAAUUGGUGGUUACACUAAAAAAGUGUGUGUCAUGACAAAGAUCUUCUACUUGAGCCCUGAAGGCAAGACAAGCUGCCAGUAUGAUUUAAACUCGCAAGUAAUUUACCCUGAAUCCUACUAUUGGACAACAGCUCAAACAAUGAAAGACUUGGAAAAGGCCCUUUCAAAUAUCUUACCUAAGGAGAAUCAAAUCUUUUUGUUUGUUUGUUUGUUUCGUUUUUGUUUGUUUGUUUGUUGGUUUGUUUAUUUUUUCUUGAGAUGAGUCUCACUCUGUCACCCAGACUGGAGUGUAGUGACACGAUCUCGACUCACGGCAACCUCUGCCUCCUGGGUUCAAGCAAUUCCCUGCCUCAGCCUCCCGAGUAGCUGGGAUUACAUGUGCCUGCCACCACACCUGGCUAAUUUUUUUUUUUUUUUUGUAUUUUUAGCAGAGACGGGGUUUCACCGUCUUGGCCAGGCUGGUCUUGAACUCCUGACCUCGUGAUCCACCCCCCCCACCAACCCCGGUCUCCCAAAGUGCUAGGAGUACAGAUGUGAGCCACGGCGCCCGGCUGGAGAAUCAAUUCUUUUAUAGACCAAUUAGCCUUUGACAUUUCCAGCAUCUCCCAGAUAAUCAAUAUAGAUAAGGAUGUUUAAAUCUUGUCCAAGGCUCACUUGAAUCAUGGAAGAUGGACUGGGCUACAGAGAUAUUUUUCAUUAUAUAUUCGGUAACAUUCUCUAAUUCUCUAAAAAUACGUCUUUGAAAACGUUGCAAGUUAGGCAACUUGACGUGAUGUUGGAAAACUGGGAUUAGCCUAUGUUCGCUUCUUCCUAAGUUCUUUAUAGAUAUUCCUUAAGGGAAAUUAGGAAAAUUAAUUACCUACACAUGUUUUGCCAUACCAAGAUGUCAUUUGACUAUAAAGGAAAUAUCAGACAUUCUUAUCCAAUGGACAUGGAAAACAUAGUUCUCUAAUAUCUUCUUGAAAACUAUAUUGCAAUGAAAUGCAGCCAAUGAAGAGAUUAAUCAAAAUGGAGAACUUGCCGAGUUGGAUGGAUCACUUGAGGUCAGGAGUUGAAGACCAGCCUGGGCAACAUGGUGAAACCCAGUCUCUACUAAAAAUAUAAAAAUUAGCCAAGUGUGGUGGCACACACAUGUAGUCCCAGCUACUCGGGAGGCUGAGGCAUGAGAAUUGCUUGAACCCAGGAAGUGGAGGUUACAGUGAGCCAAGACCACACCACUGCACUCCAGCCUGGGCAAGAGAGCAAGACUCUGUCAUCUCUAUGCAAAUAAACUAGAAAAUCUAGAAGAAAUGGAUAAAUUCCUGAACACAUACAACCUCCCAAGACUGAGCCAGGGAGAAGUCAAAUCCCUGAACAGGUCAAUAACAAGUUCUGAAAUGGAGGCAGUAAUUAAUAACCAAAAAAACCCAGGACCAGACAGAUUCACAGCUGAAUUCUACCAGAGGUACAAAGAGGAGCUGGUACCAUUUCUACUGAAACUAUUCCAAACAAUAAAAGAGGAAAGACUCCUGCCUAACUCAUUUUAUGAAGCCAGUAUCAUCCUGAUACCAAAACCUGGUAGGGACACAAUAAAAAAAGGAAAACUUCAGGCCAAUAUCCCUGAUGAACAUCAUUGCAAAAAUCAUCAAUAAAAUACUGGCAAACCGAAUCCAGUGGCAUGUCAGAAAAGCUUAUCCACCACAAUCAAGUGGGCUUCAUCCCUGGGAUGCAAGGCUGAUUCAACAAACACAAAUCAAUAAAUGUAAUUCAUCACAUAAA